AUGAAAAGGCAAUCAGAGAAAGACUUGGAUUUAUAUUCAAUACUUGGUGUAAAUAAGGAUAGUUCAAUUGAAGAAAUUAAAAAAGCAUAUAGAAAAUUAGCAUUAAAAUAUCAUCCAGAUAAGAAUCCAGAUGAAUCAGCAGUACAAAAAUUUCAUAAUAUAUCAUUAGCAUAUCAAGUUUUAUCAGAUCCAGAAAAGAAAAGAAAAUAUGAUUUAGGUGGUGGAUUUAGUGUUAAUGAAAAUGAUAGAAAUGAAUUCUCUGAACAACAAAAUAAAAUCAUAGAGGAAUUAUUAAAAGCUGUAUCAGAAUGGAAGAAAAAGAAACGAUAUAUAGCAUUAACCAUACUAUUAUCAAUAUUCUAUGGAUUCUAUUAUUUAGUUAUUGGUAAAGGUUUCUUUAAUGGUAUUAUCGAAGGUGGUUCAAUUGGUUUACAUUAUGCUAUAAAAGAUAUCGUUAAACAAAUACCCGAAUCUCAUCGUUCUGAAGCUGCUGAUUUUAUAAAUGAAAUGGGUUUUUCAUUCACUUCAUAA